AUGGGUAUUCUUACAGUUGCUGAAUGUUUAGAGCGUUUUGAGGCAUUUGCUCAGUCUCAAUCUCAGUCACGAGCCGAUCAGCGGUAUCAAAGUGGUAAUUCGAAUACCACUACUAGUGCACCCACCCGAGGAGUGAACCAUGUCACCAUGGAUCCUAGUUUAGCCGUUGUGUUGGAAAACAUGUCUAGGGAACUUAAGGAAAUUAAGGCUAAAGUAGACAAAUGUGAGUAUUGCCGAGGGGGACACGACAUGAAUGCGUGCCCAUUGUUAGUUGGAGAGGAGCAAGUUGAUUUUGUAGGCGGUUUUGGUAAAGGUCAACCUAGCGGGUUUGGUAAUAAUUAUAAUUUUGGGUCGGGUUGGCGAAAUAAUAAUAAUAAUAACAACUUUAAUAAUAAUAACAAUUUUCGAUCAAAUGGACCCCCUGGUUUUCAAAUAGCUCAAAAUACCAAUAGGGGCCAGGGUUUACUUUUUGGUGGGGGUUCAGGUGGACAGUUCAACAAGGGGUUCAAUGGGCAGGUCAAGGAUGGGGGGUCAAAUAACCAAGGUCAAACAGGUCAAGGUUCAAGCUAUGAUCUAGGGGGUAGUUUAGAAAGGAUGGAGUCCAUGAUGAGUCAACUAAUUGUUAGGGACCAAACCACUCAAAAGACCCUUAGUGAACACGAUCUCAUGCUUAAGAACCACCAAGCCUCAUUCCAAGACCUUCAAAGAGUUGUAGGGGAUAUGUCUAGAAAAUUAGAGGAGAGGCUACCCGGUCAGUUCGCGGGUAACACCCAACCCAAUCCUAAUGCCCAUGCAAAAGCCAUUACCACUCGUAGUGGCAAGACCGUAGGAAACCCUAGAGUCGAGGAGAGAGCAGUUGAUGAAGAGGGAGAUGUGAUAGAUGAGGAGAUCGAAAUGGAGGCUCCCGGCAAAGUGCAAAAGAGGCUAAGCCCAGCAAGUACCGCACAGCCCGGUGAGUCUCAAAGUGAGAAGAAAGUUGAGAAAACCCCUAUAGACGUUAGACCUUCACCUUUAGUAGACCAUGCGUAUGUUCCAUUUCCCUCACGUCUUAAGAACCAAAAAUACUCAAGGGAAUACGGGCAAUUUUUAGACAUCUUCAAGCAAUUGAAGAUUAAUCUUCCGUUUAUCGAGGCACUCCAAUCGAUGCCUAAAUACGCGAUAUUCUUGAAAGAUCUCCUUAGGAACAAAGAAAAGUUGGGAGAGUUGUCUAACGUUCCGUUGAAUGGGGGAUGUUCCGCCGUUGUGUUAAAUAAGCUUCCCGAAAAGCUUACCGAUCUCGGCAUCUUUACCAUUCCUUGUCUAUUCGGUAGCAAUACCAACACUAGAGCUUUAGCCGACUUAGGUGCUAGCAUCAAUUUGAUGCCCUUUUCUCUUUAUGAGAAACUAGACCUAGGAGAGCUCGCACCGACCUGA